CGAUUGCAUUCCAGGUCAUUCAAACCACGAUGAGCGAGGGAAAAUUUGAUGUGGGCUCUAUCGUUCGUGCGAAACGGGGCUCGAAACGGUGCCGAGCGAUGGUUGCCACGGUUGGUGAUGGUGGCGAGGAACACGAUCCAUCACGGGAUACCGUGUGCAUWCUGUGGGAACCGAUCUAUCCAAAACCGAUCUCCGGCCGGUUUUUGAUUGCACCAAAGGCCGGAAGGCUUGAAGCAGAGAGAGAGCAGGCCGAAGUUACCGUCGGCGUCGAAACGGUGGAAGAAUUGCUGCCCUUCGAACGAUGCGGUUCGAACAACAGCGACGAAACAGCAGUAGCACCAACAGCAACCAUCACAGCGUCGAAACAUACCAGCACCAAACACAACAUUGGACUUUGGAAGGAACGCGGGGACCAACUGCUUCGCCUAGGAGAUGCGUCGGCCGCUACCUCCUACUACGAAAAGGCUCUUUCCGAUUCCAGCUCGGUGUCUAUUGGUGGAAGCAUCGUUCUUUCGGUCGAAGGAUUUCCCAGGAUUGCCGAGGUCGACUGCAUCGAUGACGACGAGGACGAUGGUGGAACGAUCGAUGUGACCCUCGUSCACAACGGGCAAGAGCGGAGCGUAAAGGAAGCGUCCGUUCUGCUGGGGAUCAUGGAAGCGGACGCCGACCGGCUCCAAGAGCGAAUACUGCUGAACCUAGCCCGGUGCAUGCUGCAGCUGUCCGACCUGGACGCCGCCAACCGGCCCGGCUAUCUGAAAUCCGCCGUGCUGGCCGCCACGCUCGUUCUUGCGCUGUCGUCCUUUCGGAGCAGCGAGGAGGAUUCCGACGGGACCCCUUCGCCGGCCAAGAAGCAUUCCCAGACGGCCCUKGUGCUGCGGUGCAAGGCGUACACGGGCCUGUCCAGGUGGAAGAACGCCAGGUCGGACGCCAGGCAGCUCGUCGCCAGCGGCGACGAGAAGCAGGGCAGCAAGCUGCUGGCAGUCGUGGAACGCAAGAAAGCCACUCAAUCCAAACAGGACAAGAAACUGGCCAAGGAAAUCUGCAAGCUGGUGGAAUCCGCCACAAACGCUGCCAGGGACGGAUCGGAGGCAAACCCGGUGAGUCCUUCGUCGUCGGCCCCCGGGGCGUCUUCUGCAUCGAAACCAAUGGCAAGGAGGGCGAAAACUAGCAAACAACUGUCGUCACAGGGCGGUCCGCCGCGUGGUUUGCAGUUCGAAAAGGGAAAAGACGCAUCGGCCUCUAACAUAACGCUCAUCGUUUCGUCUCUCGUUCGAUGUGGUCGGGUCUUUUUCAUGCUAUCUGUUGCAGCUGCGGUACUAAUUUCGAAGUAUUUCCAAACCAGCAAAGAAUAAGAAAAGUCAGGGAGGCUUCCUCUCGAAGUUACCCCAACCCCGCGUGCCAAUCCAUGCAAUAAGCGAACGACGACAAA